AUGUCUUCGUCAACAAAGAAUGCAAACGCUCCAUGUAGAUUCCGCCAUCAUCGCAUUUUCAAAUGCCUGAGCCAAUUUCGGCGCAGGUUCAAAGCCCGUUUAAGACCUAAGCUGCCUAAAGAAGACCAAGACACAUCGGUCGAGCCCAUUUCGCUUUCCUCCAUCUCGAUACAUGGCAAACUGGGCCGACAGCCCGCCGUGGAUGACGGCCACGAUCAAAUUUCACCUGUGGACAGUCACUCCAUAAGCACAUCACACCACACUACCAUCGAUGAACCCUCCCAGGCGGUUGUGGACGAUGCGCCAGCUUCAGACCUUUGGAGCGCGGCAUAUCGCGAGGCCGUGGAAAGUCUAGGCGAAGACAUAGACGUGGCGAUCUUGAAAGGCAAAGGCAUUGAGCAGUUAUUCCAUCAGCUCGAAGAACUCAACACGGAGCUGACCGAGCAGUCUGCCUUCCUGGCGGGCGUGGAAUAUUUACAACGUAUCAAGGUACCAUUGGAGAAAUUCAAACUUGCCUUGGAUCUUGCUACUCCUCUCACUGAUAUGCAACCGGUUUCCGCUGCUGUCUUUGGGGUGGUCAAGGGCGUCACAGCGAUUGCCAUAAGCUUCGCCGCCGCCGACGUCGAGUUUGCCAAGAAGAUUGGCGAAAUGUUGGAGCAAAUGUCAUACAUUGAUGAGUGCGACACGCUGGGCCAGAAAUCCGAGAAUAAGAAUAUACACAAGGCCUUGGUAUCCGUAUAUCAAAAGAUCCUGGAGUUUUAUCAAGCUGCAUACGACAUAUUAACUAGGAGAAAAGUAAAAUUAGUCUUGAAAAUCAUCUUGGAAAACGAUAAACUGCCUGCUAUUAUCAGCGAGUUUAUAACGCGCGCUAGCAAUCUUCGAAAUCUUAUUCAUACAACCACAUUAGAGGUUGUCCAAGAGAUCCAGGUCAUGCUCUACGAUCAACAAAUUGCCGCUUGGCUAGGCCGUGAAAGUGAACUGGUUCAAAGCGAACACCAUGACUCACUUCAAGCUAUUCGUGCCGAUGAGGCCUGUGAAUUUCUAUUAAAGCACGCCCACUUCCUCAACUGGUACUGUGGAACCGACGCCACUGGCUCCCAAAAGCUAAUCAUGGUUGGCGACAUGGGCAGUGGCAAAAGCGUCUCUAUGGCGUUUCUUGUCGACGAGUUGGUCAAAAAGAGUCAGUUCCAGCUACCCCGGGCCAAGGUUUACUACUACUACUGCCAACCUGGCAAGACUGAUAACUACGCCUCCUUCCUGUCGACCUGGAUCCUGCAGCUCCUCGAAGACUUUCCCGCCAAGAAGAAGGCCUUUGUCGAGCUAUACAACCAAGCCAGAACACAGGGGGACCGGAAUCCGGGAAAGAACAAGACCUUUCUAGAACGCAUCCUCAAAGGCUUCCUGGGAGACGUCGACCGUUUGCUUUUCAUCGCAAUCGACGGCCUGGAUGAGUUUGAUAGGCGGUCGCGCAAACAGCUGGUCGAGUUCCUGGAUACAUCGAUGCAGGUGACGUCCAAACUAAAAGUUGUCCUGUCUACCCGUCCCGAAGACGAAAUUCUAGAGCUUCUGGGCGAGACGCCAAAAAUUUACGUGAGCUCUCACGCGGGGAGAGAUGGCAUCAUUGUCAAAAAGAUUGUAAACGACAGGUUGAAUCACCUGUCGCCAGAUGUCAAAGGGCUCAUUAUCCGCACGCUAUCCGAACGUGCCAACGGGAGCGCCAUCUGGACGAAUACCGUCGUUCAGCUAAUCGAAGGGCUCGAGAUAAGAGCCCUCGGUCCUAUGAAGACGUUUUUGGAAGACAUACCACUUCCCGAUAGGCUUCACACCCUGUACAGCCAAUGCAUAACGAAAUGUACAUCAAACCGGCCUGAAAAUAAACCCAUUGCCGUCACGGCUUUGAAAUUCCUCUCCGUCGUCCGCAGGCCGCUUAGCAUAUUGGAACUCUCAUGGGCAGUGACGCUGGCCCUGGCCGGAGAUGGUAUAACAAGCAUCGAAUCUCUAGCCGAUCUUGUAGACAGUGGCCGCGUCAUGAGCCUGAUCCGACCGUUUGUUGCCCACAUCGAUUUUGGAGACGUGAAGAAGCGUCAGGUCCGGCUGCUGCACCUGUCGGUAAAGGACUUCGUCACCCAGUCACUAGCUUCGUCGGGCAUGCCGCAUACACCAUCGGCCGAGUGCUGCGCGGAGAUGUUGGAGGCCGAGUUGAUGAAUACCUGCGUCAGGUAUCUCCUGCUCGACGAGGUUGGCCAGAGGCAUCUCUUUUCUGACGAGCAGCUCGCUAUCGAGGCUCUACCGCAAGAAGUUGACCUGUUCAACGACGACAGCGAGCCUAAUAACUACACUGCCAACUGCAGCUGGGACGAGUGGGAGGAGACCAUGAUUCGCUACGACCCGACGGAGCGCGGCUUUGGGGAGUUGUUCGUUUACGCUUCGUGCUACUGGGUUGAGCACUGGAGCGUCAUCACUACGCCGUCCCUAGUAGAGUUGGCGAGCAUCGAAAAGCUAUGUGAGCCCGGUUCUACCAGGAUUCACAACUGGAUUGAGCAGAACCGCCGACCUGGGUGCGUUAUUUUGCCGAGGGUCGUAUUUGACCCUAGUUUGUAUGACCCCCUUGGUAUUGCCGCGCUGUUUAGCUCGCCCGACAUGUUUCGCCACGUGGUUGAGAGUUCCGACUUUGGCAGCGCAAAGUUCUUGCCCAAGUCAAUCAUGAAGGCUGCUGAUCAACUCAUCCAGUGGGGUGACAUAUGUAGGCUGAGGAUGCUGCCUCUCGACGAGAAGGCGAAGCAUCGGCUUCUUACUUUGGAGUUCUUCCGGCUAGUCAUUCACCAGUGGUUUGGUCGCAAGACUGACCUACGGCGUCAAAAUUGGGAUGGAGUCUUUGACUUUAUUUAUGACGUCCUGGACGUCAUGAUACGAGAAAAGUGGGCAAACAAGCUCUUUUGUGCGGCUACCGCGAAGUGCUGUCUGCCCAUGAUCCAGCGUUUGGUGGGCAGAGCCAGGAUCAACAAAGAGCUGGAGAGCGAGCUGUGUUGUCGAGAUUCUCCAGACGCUGGCGAGACAUUAAAUACCAGUGCAGUGAGUCAUUUAAUUCAGGAGGCUAUGAGGGAAGAUGACAUCGAGGUGGUUGAGUAUUUAAUAAAGCACUACGGUACUGAGGUACGCCUCCCCAACUCCAAGUCACGCGAGGAAGAUGCCUAG